CACUAUGUGUAGGCAAUAAAUACACAUAGAAUCUCAAACUAAAUGGUCUUAUACUGUCACUACAUAUAUCGUUUCCUCCCUGACGAGCCGCGGUGGAGACUGCAUGGAGAUGUGCCCCCAUACACUGGCCUGGAGACUACAUAAUCAGAUGGAUAUGCAAUUAUCAGUCCGCACACAGCUUCCUGUGCAGCAGCUGAUAGCUGAUAAUCGUCACCACAAACAUGCAAACACCAAGGCCUGCUGCAAGUCAUUAGGCUGUACAACUGCAACUACAUUAACAAAUCCUGGCACUUUUGCACAUCUCAUGUUACCAGGUGUGUCUGAUCCCUGCUGCUGUAACACUCGAAUUUCCCAGCUUUGGAUCAAUAAGAUCGACUCAAACAUGAACUGGGACAAUCAGCUGAGCUCUAUCUUGUCCGUAGCCGAUGGCAGCGUUGCAAAGAUGAGGGAGAGACUCACCUCACCAGGGAAAUUCUCCAAAGCGAGAGAAGAUUUGUUUCCAGUGAGGGAGCGGAUUCAUGAUUCCGAUUUGAACCCUCCUGCACCUCCCCCUCGAGCCCUUCUUCCCCGACAGCCUUCCCCCUCUCUCAGCUCUAAUGUGCAGUGGGCAGACCUCGCUGCUGUUCAGUCACAACUCCAGAUGCAGAGCCAGGCAAUUAACUCACUCACCAAGAAACUCCACGACAUGGAACGGGAGCGACAGUCACAACAAUGUCACAUCCAGACACUACAAGACGAAGUUCACAGGCUGCGUGAGGAGUUGAGGGAGAAUGAACGAGAGCGGGACGAAUCAAGGAGGGGACAGAGUCCGGGAGCGGAGAGAAGGAUGGAGCAGUGGAGGAGAGAGGUGGGACGCGAGCUGAGCAGUCUGCGGGGACACGUCACCAGAGCCACGUCGCUAGGCAACAUUGAAGAAAGUUUCAGUUCAAAGCUUCGCCGAGAGGAGCUGGAACACUUGCGGAGGGAGGUGGACCAACUGAAAACACACUUAAGGCGACGGGAGGAGGAUGUGUUCCUCCAGCAGGCCGAGGACAGAGAGACCAGGAUACAGUAUGAACGCAGCUGCAAGACAAUGGAGGAGCUAACAGAAAGCUACAGAACUCACAGCACUGACAUGGCAAAGACCGUCUCUCAGUAUUCACACACACAGCAAGAGGUCCGCCACAUCAGAACAGUUGUGUCAGAACUGAAAGACGAGAUCAGAAGUAUAAUUCUUCGAGAACGUGAACCAACGUCUUUACUGUCUGCACACACAUCAGGAGCAUCACCCUUUGCACUCCCUCAAGGCCACAGUAGAGGAGUCAGAGUAGAAGAGCCAGACUCUGAAUCAGAAGACUUCAGCCCGACCCCGAGCCUGGCUGAGAUCAGCUCUGAUGAUCUGUCAUGGCUGGAAGAGAAAGAUUCAGCUCUUCAUCAGAAGCUGCAUGUACGCCUGAGCGUUCAGUCCAGACGGAGCAACUUUGCUGGUGCAGGAUCAGAUCUGGAGGAUGGUGUUGAUGAUGACGAUGAUGAUGAGGAUAGAGAUUAUCUCCUUGAUGACAACAUGGACCCAGAUUUAGUAUCUAACCUAAGUCUUAAUGACCUCUGACCUCUUCUCUGGUAAAGUUCUGUUAAUUAUAAUUAAUACCUGAGAUGUAUUAAUACUUUAAAACUGAUUCAGUCAGUGUUUACUUUUUAGUCGGAGCUCUGUUGGAAAACUCAAAACUAUAAAACUAGACACAGGAAAACACGACCAGCCAUAUGGUUUAUUUCCUUCGUUGUCCCGAGGGAAGAGGAACGCAAUCAAAGAAAGGCAAUAGCGAUAAACUUGGCAUGACAACAGUGGCAGAUACAUAUAACAACGUGUAAUUAUGUCAUUCUGCCUGAAUAUGAUGUGUGAUAAUUCCUUGGUACCAGGGGAAAUUUCCUUUUAUUGUGGGAAAUUCUCAAAUGCAAAAGUGUUUAAUGAAGCAAGAUCCCUUUUUUGAGUGUCAUUCAGAAAACAUCUCCUUGGUAAAGAAGCACACACCCUUUACACCCAUGUUUCGUGUCGCUGAUUAUAAAUUAUGGGUUCCAGCAGAGUUCACGGCAGAAGCACAGUGUUUGGAGAGCUGAAGCACAAGGUUUGGCUUUCAGCAAGAUGAGACUGAAAAUAGUUCUGCUUAGGUUUGUUAUGAUUGUUGGGGUAAGGUUCUGGUUUGAUGUGGUCAGGGUUUGGGACUUUCAUCUAUACCCAUGACUACAGUGGGAUCCAACAGGACUCCACUCAUCACAGUGCUUUUGAUUUGCAAAGUAAGGGUCUUCAGUGAGCCUAUACUGCCUUAAGUUGUUGUUUUUCAUUUAAUCAAUGUGAUAAAUAACAAACAAAUGUCACUUUUAUCACUUGAUGUACAGUCCUAUAGCAAGUGUACCUUUUUAUAGCUGUUAAGUUCUGAUAUCCAUUGAAAAACAACACUGCUCAGUGUGGCAGAUUUAUGGAUAUUCUAACGAGGUUUUCUUCCUGACAUAAUGCACUCUAAAAUCAAGAAGGAACCUGAUGAGGGAUGGGCUUAUGAUUCCUGGUAAUGCAGCUGAAGCUAGAGUCAAGAGGAAUCAAAAAACAUUAACAUUAGCCUACCCCCCCACCCCCCUACCUCCACUGUGAUCUCUUUAUAUAUGCUCAGUUAAGACAGCCAACUACCUUUAUGCUGUCUUGUCUGACAUGAGUCACACUGUACCAGGCCUGCAGGCUGGUGUCAAGCUGUUAAAUGAUUCAGAAUCCAGACAGCCCCCAUCGAGGGUCCAAAGACCACAGUGCAGAGCCGAUGGGCAGGCUAGGUGCAGACAAGGGACCACAGACACUGUUCAGAUCAUCUAACAAGGAAUAUUAUCUUAAUAAUGAGCCACAACAAAACGUCUCGGAAACAGUGAAAGGCACAGAGCAGUAGAUAACAGUAUUUAAACAAAUCUCUUCGAAACAUGAUCUUGUUGUACGGCUGUAAAUGUUGUAGUUAAAGAGACAUUUAAUGAAUCUAUUUGUUGUUGUGGCAACAUAGUGACUGAUGAAUCAGACUGUACUGUAUCACUUUUGCCAAGUAUUGUGCAGCAGUGCUUCAUCACAGCAAUGCACUGAUUCUGUCAUUCUGUAGUCUGUAAAAGAAAGGUUUGUUUUUCGUCUUCAACAAUAAAAGUCUGUUAAAUUUUAAA